CGUGCUCAAGCUGGUACAUCACUACAUGCCGCCUGCGCCCUGCGCUGUCCCCGAGCAGCCGGGGGGGGCCCUGCACCCCAAGCGCACCUACUACAUCUACUCGGGCGGUGAGAAGAUCCCCCUGGUGCUGAGCCGCCCGCUAUCCUCCAGCGUCUCCACCCUGCAGCACCUCUGCCGCAAGACCGUCAAUGGGCACCUGGACUCCUACGAGAAGAUGACUCAGCUGCCGGCUCCCAUCAAGGAGUUCCUGGACCAGUACGAUGCCCCUCUCUAAGGGGCCGACGAGCGAGGUUACACGCUACAAGCACAAGUGCAGGGGACAGGCACAACGCCCCACCAGUGCAGGGAC